AUGUCCGGCUUCCCGGCCCUCCCCCGGGGGUUGUUCAUCGCCGCCCUCAUUCAAUUGGCGCUGGCGGCGGCGAACUCCCCGGAGACGCGCGCCGCCCAGGCGCUGUCCUGGCACGGCCGGCGCGCCCUCCAGACGGACGAGGUCAGGCCGCAGGCCAAGAUUUUCGGCGGCGUGACCACUGAGCCCGGCGAGUUUCCUUUCUUCGCCUCCCUGCGCCACUUCGGCAACCACUUUUGCGGCGGCGUGCUCGUCAGCCCCAACCUGGUGCUCACGGCCGCGCACUGCGUGGAUGGCAACCGCGCCGUGCCGCGCCACCCCGCGGUGCAGGUGGGUCUGCACGGCGUGAACGACGGCCCCGUGGACUCGCCGUACUUCGAGGAGUUCAGGGUGUGCCGCACGAUCGUGCACAGCCAGUUCGACGUGCGGGACCUCCUCAACGGCUACGACAUCGCGCUGCUGGUGCUGGACAGGCCCUCCACGGCCGGGCAGCUGGCCCUGCUGCCCUCGGGAGUGGAGCUGGAGCCGGGCGACCCGACCGUGGUGACGGGAUUCGGCAAAGUGGGCAACCACCGCGUGGCCACCACACUGCAGAAGACGGAGAUAAUGCGAGUGAUCUCCAACGAGGAGUGCACGGACAAGUGGCAGGCCGCCAGCCCCGGGGUGGAGAUUAAGAACACGCUGCUGUGCGUGUUCGCGGGCAACGGGACGGACGUGUGCCAGGGCGACAGCGGCGGUCCGGUGCUGGACGAGGACGCCAGCGUGGUCUUGGGCGUGGUGUCAUUCGGCCCGCCGGACUGCGCCCUGACGGACGUUCCCGGGGUCUUCACGCGGAUCACGGAGUACCUGGGAUGGGUGGAGGCGCUGGGUGGGGCCGACUCCGUGGCCUACGACAGCGACGAGUGCUCCGCGGAGCCGAUGUUGCCCAAGGGGGCCGUGACCGAGCAGAGCGCGGCUGAGGAGAUAAUCGACGCCAUCGAGGACGGCAACACCGACCUGGCGGUGGAGCUGAUCCAGACGGCCGUGGAGUCGGGGAACGUGGACACCGUGGUGGAGGCUAUGGAGAUGGCCGUGGAGUCCGGGCUCCAGAAGGAGGCCGGGGAGGCCCUGUUCGCGGCCGUCCGGGCGGGCGUGUCCAUAAUCGACCUCCAACCGGCGUUUCGGGCGCUGAGGGGGCGGAAAUAG